GGUUAGUUAAAGCAGCUCAUUGACACUUGUCACUCACUCGUGAGGGGGGAGAUCAUAGGGACUCGUACGUGUCUCUAUAAACACAAGCAUGGCUAUCGCCAUUGACAGCCAUUGAAAGACCUCGGAGCCAUGGCCACUGACAAGCUAUCCAUUCCAUUGAAGACCAGGUUCUUCCUCUCUCUCCUCGACACCGCCAUGAUCCCCGACGUCUCCCUCUUCCGCGGCGGAUUUUUUCGCUUCUUCGACUUCCGCUCCCCCCCUAAUCCUCUUCCCCUCGACGGCGUCUCCACCGCCGAUUUCGUCGUCGAUCCUUCCCGAGAUCUCUGGUUCCGCCUCUUCACCCCCCACGCCGCCUCCGAUGAUCGCCGCCGUCUUCCCGUCGUCGUUUUCUUCCACGGCGGCGGUUUCAUGUACCUGAGCCCUAGCUCCGUCCUUUUCGACCGCCUCUGCCGCCGAUUCUCCCGGAAAAUCCAUGCCUUCGUCGUCUCCGUCAACUACCGUCGAUCUCCCGAGCACCGUUACCCCGCCCAAUACGACGACGGAUUCGACGCUCUCAGGUUCCUCGACGAGAACCACGCGGCGAUUCUUCCUCCCAACGCAGACCUCGCAAAAUGCUUCCUCGCCGGCGACAGCGCCGGCGGCAAUAUCGCUCACAAUGUCUCCGUCCGCUCUUGCUCCGCCGUGUUCCGCGCUGUGAAGCUAACCGGAAUCAUCGCGAUCCAGCCGUUCUUCGGCGGAGAAGGUCGUACGGAGGCGGAGGAACGCAUUGUCGGAGCCCCGCUAAUCUCCGUCAGCCGGACGGACUGGUGGUGGAGGGAGUUUCUGCCGGAGGGAUCGAACCGGGACCACGUGGCGGCGAACGUCAGCGGACCAAACGCGGUGGAUAUAAUCGGAAAGGAACUCCGAUUACCGGCGACGGUGGUGGUUGUGGGGGGAAUGGAUCCGUUGCAGGAUUGGCAGAGAAGGUACUACGAGUGGUUAAAGAAAUCCGGGAUAAGAGCAGAGUUAAUCGAGUAUCCAAACAUGUUCCAUUCCUUUCAUAUGUUCCCCGAACUCCCCGAAUCCCAUGAGCUGAUAAUGCGGAUCAAGGAGUUCGUGGACGAGCGCGUGGCUUCACUCUCCGCUUAGCUACCGAAACUUCAUCUUUGGAAUUGGAAUGCAUUUCAUUGUUGAAGAUACCAUGUGUAUGUGAUACAGUGGUCACAUCACAUACAUUAUAAUGAAAAUACAGUAAUCACGUAAUAUAUGAUGUAUGAUCAUGCACUAGUGACAUAAAAACUGCACUUUCAUUUCCUAA